AAGCGAGAGGGGGAGGCUAUGGAUAUGCCGGAGGAUGAAUCGUUGUUGAAGAAUGAGACGCAAGACGGGCGGGAGCCGAGCCGGGGAGGCGCGCGUCCUGCAUGGGCAGUCACAGCGCUGGCCAGCGUGCUGAUCUUCACCACUGUGGUGGAUGUGUUGGGGAACCUGCUGGUCAUCAUCUCUGUGGCCAGGAACCGUAAACUCCGAAAUGUGGGAAAUGCCUUUGUGGUGAGCCUAGCCUUCGCCGACUUGGUGGUAGCAUUCUACCCUUAUCCUCUGGUGUUGUAUGCCAUCUUCCAUGAUGGCUGGUCAUUGGGAGAGACCCAGUGCAAGAUUAGUGGCUUCCUGAUGGGUUUGAGCGUCAUUGGCUCCAUCUUCAAUAUCACAGGUAUCGCCAUCAACCGCUACUGUUACAUCUGUCACAACUUCAGCUAUGACAAGCUGUACAGCAACCGGAACACACUGCUGCUGGUUGCACUCAUCUGGUUCUUGACAGUCAUCGCCAUUGUGCCAAAUUUGUUUUUUGGUUCCCUGCAGUAUGAUCCCCGUGUCUACUCAUGCACAUUUGCACAGACUGUCAGCACUUCCUAUACCAUCACAGUAGUGGUCAUCCAUUUCUUUGUGCCAAUUUCUGUGGUCACUUUCUGCUACAUGAGGAUAUGGAUCUUGGUCAUUCAGGUAAGGCGCAAGGUGAAAUCUGAGGUACGUCCUCGCAUCAAGCCCAGCGAGUUGAGGAACUUCAUCACCAUGUUUGUUGUGUUUGUGCUUUUUGCAAUUUGUUGGGCACCACUCAACUUUAUUGGGCUUGCUGUUGCCAUUAACCCAGAAAAAGUUGCACCUCGCAUCCCGGAGUGGCUCUUUAUCGUCAGCUAUUUCAUGGCUUACUUCAACAGUUGCCUUAAUGCCAUCAUCUAUGGCCUACUGAACCAGAACUUCCGGAGGGAGUACAAGCGUAUUGUCAUGUCUGUAUGGUGGCCACACCUCUUCUUCCAAGAAACAUCGCGAGGAGGGACUGAUGGCAUGCGGAGCAAACCAUCACCAGGACUCAAUAACAAUGACCAAGUAAAAGGAGAAACUCUGUGACACAGUUUGUCACUACUGUGCCAAAGCCUCAACAAGCACUUGAAACAAA